GCUUCUGGCUCGGGCGCGCCGCCGCAGCGUGCCUGGGCCUGAACCGCGCCGCCUGGCUUUGAAGGACCAGAGCCCGCGCGCCCCCUGCAUGGGCAGCGCGGCCUCGCCGCGCCCGUCCGCAGGAUGUCUUCCUACGGCGAGCUCAUACAGGCGCUCGGCGUUCUCAGGAACGUCAAGGAGAGAAGGCACGGGAUCAAGACGCUAGCGAGUCUGUGUGCCAACCGCGCUUUCCAGGUCAGGAUCGUGCAGCGGGGCGGUUGGCGCAGCGCCAUUUUGCCGCUCAUCAUCUCGCUGGAUGAGGAGUGCCGAAAGUAUGCGUCAUUGGCAAUUGCCAAUUUGAGCACUUGCCCCGCGGCGCACCAGCAGUUGAAGGACGAAGAGGUGCUACGGCAUUUGGUACCGAUGCUUCAGAGUGAGGAGGUGGAGGCGGUGGUGAUCUACGUUCUCAACGCCCUCGGUAAUUUUGCUUCUUCGGACAUCAUGUGGGAGCAGCUGCAACGCAUGAAUGCGAUCGAGAAUGUCCUGGCCGCGAUGAAGAAUAUGCAGCGCGACGAAAUCAAGACCAACGCGCUGUUCUGCAUAUCCAACCUCACCUCCGACCCUGUUCAGCGCGCUUGGAUGAUGGCUCCAGCAAACAAGACUUACGAAGUAGCUUGGAAGCUCUUGCAGCACCCAGAUUUCAUGAUCUGCCAGUAUUCUCUUGCAGUUCUGCGAGGACUAAGCGUGGAGAAAACCGCUCAGGACAUAUUCCCGAAGAUGGGCAUGUUGCCGUAUUUGAUCGGCAUCCUCCAGACAAAUUGUCCAAUGUCCUUCAAGACGCUGACAUUGAGCAUCUUGUUGCAUUUCUCCUUCCAGCAAGCCAACCACCCCGCGCUGAUGGAGUCCAGCGCACUGGCCUGCGUGCAUGCGGCCAUCAAAGGGGAUGGAAAUUUCGAGUUCAUCCCGCAUGGUGUCUUCAUCGUUGCCAACCUGUGCGAGAGCGUGGACUUGCACGAUCGCAUCGUAGAGUCCCCACUAUUUCCAGCGCUGUGCGAUCACAUCCAGAACGACAACAAGGAAGUCCAGCGGCACGUCAUCCGGGCUUUCAUGCAGCUCAGUCUGUCUCCAAAGUACCAUCACGUCCUCCUCUCGGUCGGUGUGGUCUCCAACGUGUGCCCCAUUGCGAUGACGGAGAGAUUCUCCGUCGAGAUGCGCACCAACGCUUUGCAGCUGAUGGGCGCGGUGUGCGCCACCCACCCCACCACGCCCACCGAUGGCGAUAUCAUGGAUCUCUUGUUCCUUAUCUGCAACGCUGGCGAGCAUAUUGAGAUUCGCAGGGCGAGCAUGCUGGUCGUCGCGAACGCCUCCGCCGAUAAGGCGAAUGAGGCAUCUCUGCUGCGCAAGCCCUUCGUUGAGGCGUUAGUCAUCGCGCUGUCCAAGGCCACAGACACGAUAUUGAUGGACUACUUGUGCCUCUUCUUCCACAAUAUUACCAAGAUGGACAACAAGGCUGGCUCCAUGAUGGUCCACUGCCGCUACCAUCAUCACAUGUUCACUUACGAGAAGCUUGAGGCUCUGUCCAUGGCUUCGUCGAUCUACGUGUGUGACACGUGCAGGCAGCUCGCCCAGGACUCAGUCGUUCGGAGCCAGCUGAUGCAAGAGGCCAUGCUCUUCAAGACCCUAGCGGACGCCUGGGCCGGGUCUAUCGCCGACGACCGCUUGGCUCCGCAUUUGGCAUUGAUGAGUUCGGCGUUCGUCUACCACUCCGACGCGCACACGGAGUUCGUCCUCCAAGGGGGCGUGCGCUUGAUCAUGGAGCUCUACAGCCACUCGAAAGUGGAGCAUGUGCGGUUGUGUUGCCUGCUGAGUCUCCUCUACCUCGCCGAGAACAGGCAAUCCCAGCGCUCCAUCGCGCAGGAGCGAGGCAUGCAGAUGCUCCUCGCAGCCGCCGAGAACGAGACGCACGUUGAUCUGGUUACCAACGCGCUCAAAGCGCUCAUCCCUUUCGCAUCCUCCGACGACUACCGGCCUCAGCUGGGUAUGGAGGGGGGCGUUGACACAUUUGCGUCAUAUUUGUUCUCGUCCUCGCUGGAGCUCCAGCAGCUCGGCGUGCACCUCCUGCAGAACCUGCUGGAGUUCAGGGCCAAUCGCAGGAUCUUCUUGGGCCUGUCGGACGCGAAGAAAUGCGAGGAAGAUUAUUUAGAACCACUGUUGAAGUUCUUGCCCAGGUACGUGCAAGCGAUGAACUCACGCAAUAAAAAGAAGGCCAUGUCCGACGCCAAGACUUUAUCGUCAGCCGACAAGGAGCUCACCCCACACGACCCCUUCAUGGUCCGCAGCUGCAUCCACUCCCUCGCCCUCCUCACUCUAGAGCACAGCGAGGCGUCCUACAAGCGGCUCAUCCAGCUGCAGGCGGCACACUUGAUGUACGACCUGUUUUACAGCGAGCAGAUCGACCGGUCAUCUGGGGAGGCGAUUCUGCUUUUCUUCGCGAACAUCUUGCACAGCGAGGCUGACACACAGGCCACCGUCUUGCGGGGGCUGAACGUGGUACCGAUGCUGUUGUCGGCCUGGGAGAUGGACUUCUCGGCACAUACCAACGUGCGCUGCUUGUCGGCAGUUCUGGCGAUGGCCCGCCGGAAGGAGCUCAGGUCGCGGGUCCUCGUGCACCUCGACAUGAUCAUGGCGAACAUGAACGUCAACCUCAGCUCGCCGUCGCGGGACGAGAACUUUUACUCCACCGCGGCGGUCCACUGCGCGCUCCUGUGCGAGCUGACGCGCUCAACCCCAGACAGCCACCAGCAGCUGGCUGACGCCAGCAUCAUCGAGGCCCUUCUCAUGUUCGUGACGCUCGCGGGGCGCGGCCCGCGCGACGAGGUGUGCGUCGAGCUGCUGCUUAGCGCGGUGUUCGGCAUCUCGACAAUGGUCGCCUCGCCGGCGGUCGGCGAGCAGUGCUUGCGGAGCAUGUUGUCGCCGGUGACCCGCAUGCAGCUUUUCCUGGGGUUGCUGCGGCUGCCUGCCGAGGCCAUCAACAGCAACUUCUACUCGGGCACCGUGGGUGUCAGGACCCUGCAGCGCACCGCCGCUCCAGACAUCACCGACGAGGAGCUCGAGGUCGGCGAGGUGGGAAUUCGGGAUUUCCUCAGCUACUGUGGUGUCAAGCCUGCUGAUUUCAUGUACCGGAACAUCAUCCGCACCCUCUGUAUCGCGAUUGCCAACCCAGAGCUUCGACAUCGCAUCCAGGACGCUACCUCGCUGCAGAACAUCGUUCCGACCUGCGUGUUCGCGCUCAACGGCACCUCAGACAUCUACUUGCAAGUGUUCGGCUACAUUCUAGUGGCCAUCUUCGGAGGCGAAAAGCAGCUCCGUUAUGGAUUUGUAAACUCUUCCGCUAUCAUCAAUGAGUUGCUCACGUGCUGUCGCCGCUACUCUGAUCCGCUGACCAGCGGCAUGGGGACUAGCGUGGAGGAGCAGCUCAAGAAGCUUGGCGGCGGGGGAGGCCCCUGGUCGCCGCAGUCCGUGGCCCUGAACCGCUACCUGCUAGCAAUGCUGGCGCUGACGCACCUGGCGGACCACAUGAGGAACGUGUACCGGCUGGAAGAUUCGCAGGAUGGCGAGCAGGAUGAGGAGGACAGGGAGGUUGACGGCGGCGCCGACGGGCCCGACGGCAAGUUGAGCUACUCUAAUUUGCGGUUCGUUGCUAGGCUGGCUCCUGUAUCUUUCCGAGAGUUGGAUCCUGACAUGUUGGUGAAGAACGGUCUGACAGAGAUACAGGAGUUCACUGCGUUGUUGCGUGUUGUAGUGGUCCACAACGCGCUCCUGACCCGCAUUGAGCUCGAGGAGCAGAAGAAAGGUGGCGAGGUGAAGCCAGAGUUGGUUGGAGCUGUGGCGCAGACAGUAGACAGUCUGCAAGAUGUCAAAACAGACGCGGAUCUGGUACCAGAUAUUUUGAAGCAAGAAUUCAAGUCUCUCCGGUCAGUGCAGGAGAAGUGCCUAGGCCUCCUGAACGUCGUGGACUGGUACGUGGGGGAGAACCGGUCACAGGCGUUGGUGGUGGCUAUCAUGGAAAGCCUCGGCUCCCUCUCGUGGCUGUGCCCGAUGAGCGUGGACAUGCCCCAGUCUGCCUACAGGAUCAUGGCGCACUGCCCAGAGUGGCUGCAGCCAGGCCUCCUGACCGUGAUGUGCAACAUCAUGUCGGACCCCUCGCGCAUUGGCAAGGAGGACGAGCGCCCCAUCGCCGACCGGAGCAGAAUGAACUUGAGGCUGGGCGAGGUAGAUUCGGACUACUUGUUCCCGCUACUCGCCACCAGUGAAGUAGGGAUUCGGCAACGCACCCUCGGCUUGCUUGCAAACCUGAGCACGCAUCCAGGCAUGCUCCGCUUCGUGGUCGGUUCAGGGGUCAUCCGGAUCUAUCAGGCGAUGCCAGACCGAUCAGAUUUCCUGAACAAGUUCGGUAUCAUAAUCGAGCAGAUGCGAAUUCUCGCCAACACCACCUGCCGAGAUGACAGCCACGAGUCCUUCUGCACGAUGGGCGUGAUCCAAUUCUUGCGCGACGCCAUGCGGCACAGUUCCGAUCUGCUCCACGCAGCAGCACCACUGGACACGAACAGGAAGGAGGCGGAGGAGCAGUUCGACUACUGCGAGAUCCUCUUUGGAGAGUACGACGCGCCGCCCCUGGGACUGCGCAUCCGCUGGGAGCAGCCACCAGUGCUGAACGAGAUUCUCCCAGACACGCCUGCCGAACAGUACAUCGACGCGCUGGCCGAGGGGGACGAGCUGAUCGAGAUCAACGGAAUCGACGUGUCGUACAUGGAGCAAGAAGACAUCGCGCCCAUGUUUCAGGACCGGCCGUUGAGGCUUGUCUUCCGCCGUCGAGUCGACGAGUCAGCACCAGUGGCCUUGGAAGCGCCUGCAUUGACGGCGAAGGGCGAUGCAACCCAGGAUUUCGGUGGCUUGCAGGUCGUUCAUGUGGAGAGCAUUGGCGUCUAUGGAGACCGCGACCAGUACCUUGAGUGUUUCAACCUGGCCGUGCUGGCGGUGCACAACAUUGCCACUGUGAGCGGGAAUCAUGAGAUGCUUUUCAACGAGCCGCAGAUUCUGUCCAUGUUGCUAGCGGCGAUUCCCAGUCAGGUGAUCUCCCCAGGGCUGAGGCGCCUGAUCUUCUCGGCGUUGACCUGCCUCGCCCAGGGUAAGGACAUGGCGGGACGAGUAUUCCAGGCGAUGUCCGACUAUUUCAUCUCUUGCGAGAAGACAGACCCGUCACUACAAAAAUACAUCAUGUUGUGCGCCAACCUGUACUACACGGGGAUGAGGCCCGAAGAUAUCAAGCCAGACCGCAGCAUGCUCGUCUUCGUGGAGCAGAUCUCCUUGGGCAGCCCCUCCAACGAGGCGAAUCGCGCAGUGGCGGAGAUCAUGCACGGCAUGGCGAAGGCGCCGAAGGAUUUGCGGGUCGACUUCGUUUCCCGAGAUUCUUUAGUGGUGGCUGUGACCUUCAUGGAGUGCAUGGAUCAGUGGGAGGUGCAGUCGCGAGCAUUCGAGUCUGUCUACUUCUUGACGAUGGGCGCCUGCGAUCCAGAGCUGUGGGUCUCCCUCGACUUGCUCCAGCGGAUGGCCAGGGCGGCCUCGAGGUUACAGCAGAAGUCCGUCGAUGACGAUGACGAGAUGCUGCGCAACCACGCAGAGGCGCUGUGGGAGAUCACGCUGCGCACCUGCGACAUCUGCCUCCAGUGGGAGUCGCUGGUGCACGAGGUGAACAGGUGUGCCGAGAUCGACCGGUACCUGGUGACCUUUUUCUUCGACGCCCACCGCUCCCGGCCUCUCAUGGUGAAGGUGGUGGCGCACUUCAUGGAGACCCUCAUCGACUGCUCGGAGGGCACGUGCUGGUGCCGCUGGAGGAACAUGGGGAUGGCAGACAAGAUCAUCGGAUGGUUCGCGGUCCAGAGCGAAGCCAUGAAGGGUGACGCGGGCGCGGCCCUCGCGAAGCAAAAGGUCAUGUCGCCGCUGGCCGCCGAGUUCCCAGUACCAGCCGGCGAGAGUGUGGACAGCAUGCUACAUAUGUUAGUGUCUGCCACAAGGGUAGACCCCACGACGACGGGCGUGCUGUUGACGGAGGGUGUGAUGUCUGCCAUGGCGCAGCGUAUCAUCGCCCACGCCGGCUUCUACAGGAAGCACCACGCCGAGCCAGAGACGAUGGAGAUGCAGAAGGCCAACGUGGCAUUCCGGGCCAUCGCGCAGCACCUCGGCGCUUGCAUCAACGAUGUCGAGGGCCUCACGGCGCUGAGCGGCAUGGGCCUGGAGGCGCACCUGGUCUCGCUGCUCGAGCUGCCCCCAGAGGACUACCGCACGCCCUCGCUGCUGGUCUUGGCGGCCCUGUGCGGUCACAAGGGGCCCUGUUACGCAUUGCUGAAGAACUCCAGCUUCGUCAAAGUGUUGCGCACAAUCGAGGCCCAGCUGGAGAGCCACGGCUCCGCGCUCGAGGCUGAGGAGCUGGAGUAUUUCGCCUGCAUCUUGGACAAGUCUUGUUGCCACCCAGAGCUGACCCAGAUCAUUGUGGGCAGCGUUUUCCGGCUUCUGUGCCUGCUCUGCGUGAAGGGUAGGACCAUACAGUGCCAGUUGUUGGCUUCCCGUGCGUUGGCGCGGUGCGCGCUCGCGAAGCCUGACAGCCUGCACGUUCUGACCGACCCGUCGCAGGGGCUCCAGUACCUGCACCACGUGAUGAGCGUCGCGUCGUGCUUGCGCAAGGAAGGCUUCGCAGACGAGGAGAGCCAGCACUCCAUCGACCGCCGCGCGAUGGUGGCCAGGGUCGCCCACUCGCUCGAGGAGAACCCGCAGGAAGGCCAGCUGGUGGACUACUUCUCGCGCGUGGCCCUCUGCGAGGCCGUCACCGCGUCGCCCCACGUCUGCCGCAGUGCGUUCGACGAUCUGGACGGCGUAGCGCUGCUACAAGAUUUCGGCGCCGCGCUGGAGAGGGCGGAGAAGAAGGCCUCGAGCACCGUUGCGCCGAAGGAGGUGGAGCUCGCCGCUGGCGGGGUGCUGAACAGCCUGAUCACGAUGCUCCACGUCCUCCUGUGCGUGGUCUUCCGGCAGGGCUCUGAGAAGGAGGCCGCGACGCUUGGCAUGCAGAUGGCCAUGGCGCGCGUGAUGGGUGCCAUCGGGCGGUUAGCCCUUCCAGACGCUGGGGAAGACGACGAAGAAGAGGCCGAUGCCGCGCCCGCCGCGCUUGCGGAGCUGCUGACGGGUGACAUCCGUGUCAUUUUCUACCUCUCGGCACUUCUGCGCGAGGUUUGCUCCCAGCCGUUCCGCUCAGGGUUCCUGGCGAUGGUGCGCACGCCCCCGUUCUUCUUGGCGCUCGAGGCUUGCGUGACUCUUGCCGUGCAACGUCUGCAGCGCGAGGUGAAGCGGGAGCCUCACAAGGACAUCCUCCGGCCGAAGGUCGUGCAGCAGGUAUCUGUGGAGUCGCCCAUGGCCGGACGCGUAGACAAUUUCAGCCUCGCUUUCGUGUUCGAGCACGUUUUGGUGUGUCUGAGGCACAGCUUGGUACAAGCCAUGUACGUGAAGGCCGACCCGGGCAGCAGCCGCGCGGACCCGUGGCAUUGGCAGGCGCAGGAGAAGUUGAAGGUGCACCUGGAAGUGAUGACUUGGCUGCCAGAGGUCAUGCGGCAGUUCGUCGACACUCGCGCGAUCAAGGUCGAGGCCGUCCGCUACCUGUGCGCUGUGGCCACCUUCUACGAGGCCCCGCAGGCCCAGCCCCAGGACGCGGACUAUCAGGAGGACGAAGAGGGUGAGGACAUCGUCCCAGCAAACCCAGAAGAGUCCGGAACAUCGGCUUACAGGUUGGCAGAGGUAUUCUCUUUGUCGCAUCCUGACGUGCUCGGCCUUCUCACGGAGGUGCUCGAGACCGACGAGGACCCUUGCACGCUCACUCUGGCCAUGCAGGGGGCCGCGAAUUUGGCCAGCUACGAGCGAAGGCGGCGGCUCGGCCACAGCCCACCCACGGAAGAGCUCCCUGUCGACGGGCUCACGGGGCUCGUGGCGGCCACUGUUCGAACGCUGCGCUUGGUCAGCUCCUGGCAGCCGGAAUACGUCAGCGACAUGCUUCUGAGCGCCAACAGGUUGAUAGGGCAGCUCCUUUGUUGCAACAACACUGCGAUGUCGAGCAGGCUCGUCACCCUCGACAUGUUCAAGGCCAUGCAGGAGAUGUUUGACGUUUUCCUGAAGGAUGCGUUCAAGUUGAAGACGAACAAGGAGUUCCAUCUGCAGGUGCAGAGCAACAUACAGCUGCUGAGGAGUUUCGUCUGCGCAGGCUGCCUUGCAGAGGUCGCCCUGGAGCAGGAAGCAGCCGGCGCGCGGCAACGCAGCUCCGACGCCCAGCGGUCUGCGGCGUUGAGCUCUUUAUCGACAGGCUUGGACGCACCAGAGUUGGUGAACUUGAUCGUGCUGACCGCCGGGACCCUUGUGGCAACAGGAGGCCAGGCACGGCAGUGGAGGAAAGGCGCCCACGAGGAGCCAGACGCCGUAAUCUCUUCUGUGUUCGAUGACGUGACCGCCAGUCUCCAGACCCUGCUGCGGCGCACCGACAUCAACGGCGGGAUCGAUUGGGACAGAGUGGAGCUUUUCAGAUUCGAGCAGAUGAUGAAGGACAUCCAGGCGCACCGCCGCCAGGUGUCAGGGAUAGUCGACGAUGAGGUGUUGCUCAACCUCUUGUAUCUGAUGACCAAACAGGGUUAUGUGUAUGGGAACCAGCAUUUUCCAGAUUAUCUGAUGGAAGUAGCCUAUAGCCAGCGCGAGAGUCAUACCACCAUGCAGGACAUCGCAGCCGUGUGCUUCGCGAUGGUCACCGCGCUGGGCAAGUUGCGCAACGGCGGGCAGAUCAAUGUCGCAAAUGUGGUCAAGAACCAUGCGGAAUUCGUCUUGUCGUUGGCCCAAGUCUCAGACCCACGUUUAAAGUUGUGGCACUACCGGCUUCUGACCCAGUGGACCAAGAAGCCGCACGUCCUUAAGGAGAUCUCUGCUGAUGCCGCUGCGCUUCGCUUCGUCAUCGACGCCCUGCUGGAUGAGAGUCUAGGCCGAUACAGCGUAGUGAUCCUGCACAACAUCAGCGUCCUCCGGUGCGCGACGGUGAUGAAGGGCAAGGGGCAGCUGGCAGUGGCGUGCGAAGCGUAUCGGCGCAUGGUGCCAGGCUCUCAGCAAGGGGACGAGGCCAACCGGCGGAUGCUUCGCAAGCUUGUCCUGGCUACUGUGAGGAAUGUGCUUUUCGGUGUGGAGGACCUUCAGACGGAGCUUGGGGAUGAGGACCUCGCGGCAAUAGUAGAGCUCGUGACGGCCAUAGAGGCGCCAGACGUGGCCAUUUUCAUGGCGAUGCUGAUGCACGUGUGCGACGGCUGCUCUGCGGAAAGAGCCGCCAAGUCGUUGGCGGGCCAUGGGGCACUGCUGGAGUUCCUCGUGCGCAAUGUCUACGGUUUCGCUUCCGCUUGCCAGCCCGGCGCGGGAGACAUCAUCGACGUGGGCAGCGCCCAGGAUCUCUACGGCUGCGUGAUGCAGCUGCAAGAGCCCCCCGCUCCCAGCGAGGGCGAGGGUGGCCUGAAGGAACCAGGCUCUCCCAGCCAGCAGCGCGGCCUGCAGCCAGCAGCCAAGGGGCUGACGCCCCCACCGGGGCCGACGUCUCCCGUGAAGGGCCUGGGCAAGAAAAUGACCCUGUACCAGCAGAGCAGGCGAAGGCGGGUAGCGACCUCCUCUGGCAUGCAGGUCGUCCAGGAACGCGUCGUCGACCAGGGCAAUGCCAAGGCUGGGAAAGGUGCCGAGAGGCAGCUGAAGGAGUUCUUGUAUUUCGCAAGCGUAGAGGUGCUGAGUCACGCCACUUUUGUGGAGGGCAGCGGCGGGCCGCUGGCAGAGGGCGACGAGGAUGGGCAGCCGGCGGCGGCGGGGCGCGAUUGCCUAGAGGCAUUAUUCGGACGGAACCCGAUCACCGCCUUUCUGAAGACGCUCCGGGAGCAGGUACAACUGCACGAGCGGAAGCGCGUAGUGUUUUCGGACCUUUUCAUGCACGUGUCCGCCAAGUUCAUAUGGCAUUGCUGGAGCAACCCGAUGUUCAGGCGGCAUAUCGACACGCCGCUUAACCUGGAGGCCCUGGCUGCUCUGACCCCAUUCUUCCUCGAGUGGCCCAAUCAGGAUGUCCAGGGAUUGACGCUCGAGAUCUGCUUGUACGCCGGGCUUCACCGGUACCCAAUCGUCCGAGACUACUUGUGCGAGAAGCACACCAAGUUCCCAGAGCUCACCGCCGCGGCCCUGGGGCACGCCAUGGUGGACCCGGAGGGCGACGUGGCCAUGAGGCAGGCCAUGCAGUACCUGAAGGUCUUCGCGCAGCUGCUCAGGAGCCGUUGCCUCAGCCAGAAGGGGCUGCGGCGCCUCGUCAUUAGCCUGCAGGGGGCCAUGCUGGCCUCCCGCCCGGAGGGCCUGUGUGCGAGUCUGGCCCAGAAGGAUAGCCAGCUGUUCGGCGAGCUGCUGGAGCAGCUGAAGACUUACUGGGAGGCGGGGUACGUGAAGCAGGGCAUGGCCGUCAUGAUCGCGCUGACCGUGGGGUCUCACUACAAGCCGCUGCAAGAGCUUGAUUCUUUUGUGUUGCACAUCCUGGAUUUUGCACCCUCACUGUUAGAGAGCGAGUUCGUACUUUUCUUUCCAGUGCUGUGCCGCUUGGCGUCGCUUGGUGGUAAGAGGAUCCAGUUGCCAAUGCUGCAGCGCAAGGUGCACGUGCGGGUGGCCCGCCUUCUCGAGAAGGCGACGGGUGAAUUGGAGGCAGAGCUGAAGAGCGGUGAGCCCGAGAAGACUCCUGGCAUCGCCGAGGGGGCAUGGAAGGAGCCCAAGCUCGGCGCACGACAGCGGAUCCAGUGGAUCCUCGCCUUCUUCGUCACCUUCGCGAGCGUCUGCGACCCCGAGGAGGGCGACAACGUCAACACGCACGCGCCGGACGUGCACUUUGACAGUUUCGUGUGCGUGGAUCUGUUGCAGAUUUUGAUGAGGAUCCUCCGCACGCAGCCUCACCCCUUCGAGGCGUCUGCAGCCUGCUUCCUGAUUAGCUGCGUGUCCUACGCGAACACCCUGCCGGCCUACAUGCCCGAUCUGUUGAGGGUCUCCGUUAAGGCUUUUCCAUCGUUGAUCGACGAGCCGACCGGGAAGUCGCGCGUGAGGUCGCCAACCGCCGAGGCUGGUCCAGAUUCCAUGCUGCACUUGCGCUUACCGUCCAGCCAGCGCAUGGAGCUCGGCCUGCGCCGCAGCUUCAUUCACCUGUUGGCGAAUGCAGGGUACUUACCCGCGUCGAGUCCUUCGCUUACCAGCAACGCCGCCGCGUUCAGAUUCUUGGUGGGCCUCGGGAUCGAGCACGGCCUCUACCAGGACCCCGCAGCGCCUCUGCACACGAAACUGUAUUGCUUGGCCCACAUGGUCACCAGGACCGACGACUACAAUGUGCUCUUCGACGACUCCGCGAUGGGCGGCAGCGGCCUGUUCGAGGUCCUGACGAGCGCUUCCAAGCAGGUGUUGGAGGAAGAUGCCGACGAGACGUGCGACCUCCGCGUGAUCUGGGCCAACUCUGUGGUGACAAUAGCGAGCAGUGCGGGCACCACGCUCCUGACUAAGCCAGAAUUCAGGGCCCUGCUGCUCACAGCCAUCGGCUUCGCCGAGACCAUUCUACACGAGACGUGUGGGCCACAAGGGCUCGAGGGUGGCUCCAAAGGCCUCGGGUUGGGUUUCGAGUUUUCGCGGAGCCUCCUCGCAGCUUUGCGGCCAUUGGCCCAGAAGGUGGAAUUCAAAGAGCUCCGGCAGCCCUACAUCCUGUAUCUACUUAGCAUGGCCAGCAGCGCGUUGUUGCCCAGCCUUCGCAACCAAGCGCUGGAUAACCUGCACAAUAUGAUCACCAAAUCUACCGCCCAGGAUCUGAUCGGCGCGCUGGUCAUGGUCACGUCCAGUGUGGAGACGUUCAAGAGGAUCAUGUGCGGAGGCAACGAGGAAAUGGCAUCAAGCUGCAUUCGGUGCGUGUGCUCGCUGGGAGAGCUGGCGGGCUACGAAGUCAACACACAUCUCCUUUCCGUGCUCGAGACCGUCAUCGAUGUGAUCGGCAAUCCGUCCAUGUCUGCCACACGCAUUUUGGGCCUUGGGGAAGCGUUCGUCUCCCUCACCAAGGUGCGGGCAUUCGAGGUCAUCGAUGCGAUGCUGGACGUCAAGGACCUCACCGCCUUCCUAGGGCUCGCACGCUCGUCCCAAGCUGUCCGCCGCGAGCUCGUCGGCCGAUGGCUGGAGACGUACGGCUCCUCACUGUACGAGGUGGACGAAGUGCUGGAGGUCUUCCGGUCGUCCACAGCGCGCGGCUUCCUCCACAUCGCGGCGCGGUGCACCCUGAAGCCAGAGGAGGCCCAGGAUUUCCGCCGCUUGGUGUUUGCAGCCAUCGAGAAGCGCGUGCGGGAGUGGCGCGGCAGCAUCUCUGGCCUGAGGGACUUCCUGUCGGAGCCACUCCUGAGCUCCAUGCUUCCCAUGUGCGAGCUACAGCCCGACCUGACUGCAGCAAUGGCUGCGCUCAUGCACUCUUUCAUCACAUGCGACGAGAGCUUCAUGCUGGACCGCAUCUGGAGCGGCGGACAUCUCGCGUGGUUGUGCCGCUGCAUGUCGCUCAAGUCCGCCCCGCAGGUGGUCACCAUGCGGAGUGCUGGUCAGACAACGGGCUCGGUGUCCUCCAAAAACUCCAAGACAUGGGAGAGACACGUAGACCUCACCGUGUCACAGAGCAUGAUCCUAAGGGUCAUCUGGGAGUUGUACAAGCUAUACCCCACUGAGCUGUGCGCGAAGGCGCUCAAGAGCGACUGCCUGAUCAAGAAUUGGCAAGAUUACAUCGCCUACUACUGCCACCAUGCCUGGCCGCUGCGAGAGUCGACGGAGAUCGAAGAGGCGACCACUACCGCCAUCAUCCUGGCGAUGCUGCUCGCGGCAAGGGUGUCUCACGACUCUGGGGAGAGUGCGAGAUCGCAGCUCAUCCAGCAGGGCAUGCUCGGACUGUGCUUCACGGUAAUGUUGCCGCCUCCGCCGGUCCAGAAGGCUCUGCUCGCCAGUAUAGGUGCGGCAGAGGAGACCCCUGGCGCAGAGGACGGCGAGCUCAAUGAGGUCUCCAAAAUGCCCGAGGCCAAAUUGAUCGCAGGCGACAUUGCCACUCUCCUGUUCAGGCUUCCCGACUCCUUCAAGCUGCUGAAAGCCAGGCACUUUGCCGCGGUGCCGUUGGCGAUGUUCUCACAGUUACACAGCUGGCGCCACGUCGUUUUCGAGAAGCAGGGCAGCUUUAGCGCGGUGGAAACCGUCAGCUUGCUUGAGCGGUGUGCCAGCUUAUACAUGUCCUUGGUGUCGUCUUUGUCUGUGGAGUGGUGCUUGGAGCACUUGGGGCUUCACCGCAUGAGUGUGAUGGGGCCACUUUUCCUAGACUUGUGGAGCCGCCACGGCAACCCGCUGCUCAAGCAGCACUCGCUUCGGCUGUUCACCAGCUUCUGCCAAGUGAGGGUCCUGUACGUACACUUCCUGACGCAGGAGUCCCGGGCAGACGCGUUGCAGCAGGCAGUACACCGCAUCUUCGGCGCUUGGGACGUGCGUGAGCUCAGGCACGUGGUGUGGCUUCUUGCGGCGUCGCUGGCGCACGCGCUCGGCAUCCCGGUGCUCCCUGACCACAUCGAAAAAGCGGUGAAGAGGGCGUUGCAGGACAGGGAUUGCGUAGAGCUUAGCACAGUGUCGGACAAUCUGGGCGCCGAGUUGGCCGACCAGAUCGCCUCGAAAAACAUGUUGCUCUCGACGUUUCUGACGCAGAUGAUCAGCUGGUGCGAGCAGCCCCCUGGUGACACUUAUAGCAGGUCUUGGUGCCUCUGGAUGGUGGCCGCUAUUCUGAAGCACGGGGAUGUGACUGGCGCCGCGGCCAUAAGGCGAGCCGGCGAGGAUGACCAAGAUGACAAGAAGAACCCAGAACCUACAGAGGAAGACAAGGAGCCGGACGUGAUCCUUGUGCUCCCGGGAAUGCCCGAGGAAGAGCACCUGCGCCGCCGCGCUAAGUUCGCGGCCGAACUGGCGGAGGUCGGCGUGAAGCCCGCUCAGGAGCAAGCAAGCCCCGACGGGAAGCCAGCGGCAGGCAAGGCUAAGGCCGCCGAGGCCCCUGAGGCCGCACAUUGCAAAACGGCCUGGCUACGGGAAACGCCUGCGCUCUCCGCGACAUUGGCCAGUAUGACUGCUAAGUGCAUCCAGAGCGACCGCAAGGAGUUCCGCAUGUUGGGGUGCGUGACUGCGGCGGCCUGCUUGGCCGAGCUGCCGUUCUCUCCCCCGCACUUCGCCGAGGCCCUCGACGGUGAAGUCGUCGUCAGGUGUGCGGAGUCCAAGGGAGAGCGGUCCUUGAACGUAUCGGCCUUAUUGUUGCUGUCCACCAUCUCCUCGUUCAGGUUGCCGCUCAAGGCGCAAAAUCUGUCCGAGGCGUUCCUUAAACGCUUCUUCGAGCUUCAGAGAGUCCUCUUGGAGGGUAUAUCUCGGUGCGGCGAGCACAGCUUCGGGCUUCUGGCCAGCUGGCUGGCGGAGCAGCCGCGGGGCGCCCUGCUCGAGGCGGACCUGCGCUGCCUGGCGGCCUUUGUCAUCGGGCAGUGCAUCGCCCCGCCCCCUGCCACGGCCCCGUCGCUGGACCUCGAUACAGUAGCGUCGGCCAGUCCAGCCAGAGUGCUAGAGGCAAGCCCGAUGGCAGCAAACAGGAAUGACCCUCCUGCUGUGGCGGAGUGCGGCCCACCACCGGCGCUGUUGUUGGACUUGCUCGCGCAGGAUCCUGGGAAACAGAGGGGGGACGGACUGGGGAGAAGUCGACCAGGAAUGACCCAUUCAUCGCAGAUGCGGGCAUGA